UGACCCUUUCCUAGGGCAUGGCAGGUGUAGUUGUACAGCCCAGACAGCCUCUGCAUCACAGCCAUUUCCAUCAUGAAGAUCACUGGGGUCCUCCUUCUGCUCUGUACAGUGAUUCAUAUCUGCAGUUGCUCAGAAGCUGCUGGUCAGUCUUUAGCAAAGGUGGACUGCAGCAUUUACAAGAAGUACCCACUGGUGGCCAUCCCCUGCCCCAUCACAUACCUGCCUGUUUGUGGGUCUGACUACAUCACCUACGGGAAUGAAUGCCACUUGUGUAUUGAGAACUUGAAGAGUAACGGAAAAGUUCAACUUCUACAUGAGGGAAAAUGUUAACUUCACCAGAGACAUGGCUAUAGAGCAGUGAUAUCCCCACUGUCAUCUCCAUCUUCCCUGGGCCCUGCCUGCCUUUUCCUUCAUGGUGGUAGAGGUUCCGGGGGCUGGUGCUCGGGAUGGGGCACAGAAGAUUCAGGGUCAUCUUUGCUGAGCAGAGAAAGCUGUGCUCUCCCUCCAGACUCCUGCCUCACUGACUGACAAAUAAAAACAUAUCAAAUAAACUAAAAAGUAUAAUGAAAUUCUAA